CGCAAUUAGCAUGUCCCUCAGUCUCAAUCUAUCUGAUGUCCCGUCAUGAAGGUACACCUUUUGUUGACGGCCGUUGCAGUCAGUUUCGUUCUUAUAGGGGGUGCCAAGCGCAGAACCAGGAACAGCAACUGCCUGGUGAGAAACAAGUACAUCCACGAGCGGAACUGCAAGGGACCUCGUCGGGUCUACUACACCUUCCACCGAGUGCUAUUCGACUGCAUACAGGUGACCACCAAGUGCCGGCAGAUGUACCGGAGGAACGAGUACAAGACUCUGGCUCUGUGCCGAGACGACUGCUACCACCACAUGAGCUUCCCCUACGCCCCGCCGAUCGGGAAGCAGACCACUGCUGCGCCUGGGGAAGGGGCCGCCACGGGAGAGGGGGCUGUCGAGGGGGCCACGGAAGCAGCGGAGGGCGGAGGGGAGGCGGCUGCUGCAGAAAGAACACUGAAAAAAAAGCCGAAGCUGAACCAUCUGAAGCUCCACCAACGGAGUAAGAACCUGAAAGGCAAUCUCCACCAACAGCGAGGAUGAGCGACUCUUUCUAAAAGAUGUGGGGGUUCUAGCUAUGAUCCUUAGCUAAAUUGAAAAGGUUAAUUAAAUUAAAUUAUGUUAGUUUGAAAAAAGUCUACAAUAAAUAACUAUUAUUAUUACUAU